GCACAGCUCCCGCGGCCUCUGUGCGGCGGCGCCGGUGCGGUGUGGGGCGAGCAGGCGCCUCGCGUCCAGGCGGCUCCGCAACUGGCUGCCCCCUCAGCCAGCCGCGCCCCUCCCAGCGACCCCGGGGAGGCGUGCCGAGGCCGGGCCCGCGGCUGUUCCCCGAGGAGGUCGGAAAAGGGGCCGGGGGCGCGGCGGGAACGGGCGCUGGGGCAGCGGCCCCGGUGGAUGCGAAGGGCUUCGGGAUCGGGAGUCUAUGCCACGGCCGCCAGCUCGGCUGAGAAAGGGAUCGCCAUGCCAGGUAAAGGGAAAAAAGGAAAAGGCCAGGGCAAGUCUCAUGGGAAGAAACAGAAGAAACCGGAAGUGGACAUUCUCAGCCCAGCGGCCAUGCUGAACCUCUACUAUAUCGCCCACAACGUCGCUGACUGCCUGCACCUGCGAGGCUUCCACUGGCCGGGUGCUCCCAAAGGAAAGAAAGGGAGGAGCAAGACUUAAGUGACAGCAUUUCAGCAUUUCACAGCAUAUCCCGUAUCUCUGUUACGGGAAGAGAAGUCAGGUUAACACAACUAUUGCCAGCAACGUAGACUUGACUCCAGACGACUUGAGAUGCAAAUUAAGUGUGCUUUUCCGUGAUGGUUGAUGAUCAGGAAAUGUACUUUACUUCCUCAGUUAUGCCAGAUGUGGUUUACCACUUACAUAGAACUUUCAACAAUUACUAUAAUUCUGGGUCAGAAUUAAACUUUGCUCUCACAAGGCAGUUCUAGUUGCAUUAAUUGUUUUCUUUUGCCAAAGGGGGUUUGUCAUUUAGAGAAGACACAGCAAGAAGCACUGGGUUUCCUUAGGAACGUUCCUCUCUUGGGCACUAUUUCCUUUUUUUUAAAUGGAAAAUAAUAAAUACUUUGUUUCUAU